AUGUUACCAGUGAGUGUGAUGCUGCUAUCUUUUGUGGUGUCUCUGCUGUUUGUACAGUUUCUGAAAUGGCAGUGGAUACGAAGACAAUAUCCUCCUGGACCAACUCCAUACCCCUUCUUUGGAAACCUGCUGCAGAUGAACUUCAGUGUUCAUCAUGAGCUCCUUAAAAAAAUGGCCAAAAUUCAUGGUAAUGUCUUCACCCUCUGGCUUUCAAGUGUUCCUGCAGUUGUCCUGCAAGGAUUUCAAGCAGUGAAGGAAGGUCUGACUGCCCAUGCUGAUGACGUUGCUGGAAGGCCAACGAGCGAGGGCUUUUAUGUUUUGACUCGUGGAAAUGGUGUUAUGUUCUCCAAUGGCUGGCUCUGGAAGCAACAGAGGCGUUUUGGACUUGUAACCAUGAGGAAAAUGGGAGUAGGGAAGAAAGACCAGGAGUACAGACUCCAAGAGGAGGCCUCUCACCUGGUGGAAUACUUACACAAAACAAAUGGAAAACCUCUGGACCCCAAGAUGCCUAUUCUUUAUACUGUCUCAAAUGUGAUUGCUUCUGUGAUUUUUGGCCAUCGCUUCUCGGAGGAAGAUGAGAAUUUUCACUGCUUGAUUGACUCCGUUGAUUAUAUAACAGCCUUUGGGAACAGCAUCUGGUUUUUUAUACAUGAAAUGUUUCCCUGGCUUUCGAGACGUUUCCUAGAACCAGUUAAAAGGGUCCUAUCCUGUAUAGAUUUGGUGAAUGCUCUAUUAGCAAAGGAAGUGGAAAGCCACAAAGGAAAAAGAAAGUCAGAUGAAAAUCAAGAUUUUAUUGACUACUAUUUGGAUGUGAUAGAUAAGACCAAAGGAGAUGCAGAUGCUACUUAUGAUGAAGAAAACUUGAUCCAGACUAUUUUUGACCUCUUUGUGGCAGGUAGUGAAACCACAGCCACCACCUUACGCUGGGCAUUGCUCUUUAUGGUGGUUUAUCCUGACAUUCAAGAGAAAGUCCAACAGGAGCUGGAUGCUGUUCUGGGUCGAUCUCAUUUGAUGUGCUAUGAGGACAGAAAGAAGUUGCCCUACACAAACGCUGUGAUUCACGAGAUCCAGCGGUAUGGUAACAUCAUCUUAAUUGCACUCCCCAGGCAGAGCGUGAGGGACACACAGCUGCUGGGGUAUCCUGUUCCAAAGAACACCAUCAUUUUAGCAAAUAUUGACUCUGUUCUGACUGAUCCUGCAAAAUGGGAGACACCUGAUCAGUUCAACCCAGGCCACUUUCUGGAUAAGGAUGGAAACUUUGUAAACAGAGAAGCGUUCUUACCAUUUUCAGUAGGGCACCGUGUAUGUAUGGGGGAGCUGCUGGCAAGGAUGGAGCUUUUUAUUGUCUUCUCUACACUGUUACAGGCAUUCAGGUUCACCCUGCCAGAGGGAGUGAAAGAAGUCAAUACAAAGCUUGUUUUUGGGAGCACAAUGAAACCACAUCCCUACCAGCUCUGUGCCAUUCCUCGGUAGGAAAUGGUGCCCCAUAGAUUCAGGGAAGGCUCUGCAAGAUU